CGUCUCUAUCUUGCAAAAUUAGGGCUUUGCCAUGGCGGAAGAAGCUAAAGCAAAGGGAAACGCGGCAUUCUCAGCCGGGCGCUUUGAAGAAGCAAUCCAGUCCUUCUCCGAAGCAAUAAAUCUAGCCCCUGCGAACCAUGUUCUCUAUUCCAACCGUUCUGCCUCCUACGCUUCCCUUCACAAAUACAAUGAAGCGCUUGCCGAUGCGAAGAAGACAGUCGAACUCAAGCCUGACUGGUCCAAGGGUUACAGUCGCCUCGGAGCGGCGUAUGUUGGCCUCGGCAGCUUCGAUGAAGCCAUUGCUGCUUACAAGAAGGGCCUCGAGGUCGACCCCAACAAUGAAGCCUUGAAAUCUGGUCUUUCUGAUGCUCAGUCUUCUGCUUCACGAUCCCGUAUUCCUCCGUCUUCGUCUCCGCCCUUCGGAAAUAUCUUCCAAGGGCCAGAACUGUGGGCCAAAUUGACGGCUGAUCCGAAGACCAGGGGCUAUCUUCAGCAGCCUGAUUUUUUGAAGAUGAUUCAAGAUGUGCAGAGGAAUCCUAAUAAUAUUAAUAUGUACUUGACGGAUCAGAGGAUGAUGCAAGCUCUUGGGGUGUUGCUUAACAUUCAAAUGAGGGGUCCAACGCCAGAAGAGAUGGAGGUACCAGAGUCGGAGCCCGAGCCAAAGAAGCAACCAGCCCCUGGGCCAACAAAGAAACCGGAGCCUGAACCAGAGCCUGAGCCGAUGGAACUUCCUGAAGAGGAGAAGGAAGCAAGGGAGAGGAAGGCACAGGCACAGAAGGAGAAGGAGGCUGGCAAUGCGGCUUAUAAAAAGAAAGAUUUUGAGACCGCAAUUCAGCGUUAUAGUAAGGCAGUGGAGUUGGAUGAUGAAGAUAUUUCAUUCCUCACAAACAGAGCGGCUGUUUACUUGGAGAUGGGAAAGUAUGAUGAAUGCAUCAAAGAUUGUGACAAAGCUGUUGAGAGGGGCAGGGAGCUGCGCUCAGACUUUAAGAUGAUUGCAAGGGCAUUGACUAGGAAGGGAACUGCCUUAGUGAAGAUGGCACAAUGUUCAAAGGACUAUGAGCCUGCAAUUGAGACCUUCCAGAAAGCUCUUACCGAACAUCGUAAUCCAGACACACUGAAAAAGCUCAAUGAGGCUGAGAGAGCAAAGAAAGAACUUGAGCAGCUAGAAUAUUUUGAUCCGCAACUAGCAGAUGAGGAGCGUGAGAAAGGGAACGAGUGUUUCAAGCAGCAAAAGUAUCCAGAGGCUGUCAAACAUUACACAGAAGCUCUGAGAAGGAACCCAAAAGAUCCAAGGGUGUACAGUAACAGGGCAGCAUGCUACACAAAGCUGGGGGCAAUGCCUGAGGGAUUGAAAGAUGCAGAGAAGUGCAUUGAACUUGAUCCAACCUUUUCAAAAGGGUAUACAAGGAAAGGUGCAAUCCAGUUCUUCAUGAAGGAAUAUGACAAAGCAUUGGAGACGUACCAGGAGGGGCUGAAACAUGACCCCAAGAACCAGGAAUUGCUGGAUGGUGUGCGCAGGUGUGUUGAGCAGAUCAACAAGACUAACCGUGGUGACAUAAGCCCAGAGGAAUUGAAAGAAAGACAGGCUAAGGCAAUGCAAGAUCCAGAGAUACAGAAUAUACUGUCUGAUCCUAUUAUGCGACAGGUGUUGGCCGAUUUCCAGGAGAACCCAAGUGGAGCCCAGGAACACUUGAAGAAUCCACAAGUAAUGCACAAGAUACAGAAGCUAAUCAGUGCAGGGAUUGUUCAGAUGAGAUAAAAGAGUUUCAAGAGGGAAGAAUGGAUAUAUGAAUAUGGACAGAUGGUGGAGUAUAAACGUGAAGUGUUCAGCUCAUUGAUUGGCACUCCACAUUGUGUAAUUGAUUAUAUGGAUUCCUUGGGGAUUUUCUUUUGAAAAUUUUGAAGUAACCUUUAAUUUUAUUAAGUUUUGUGGUUUUG